GGAACGUGCCCGGCUUUCUCCUUCAAGAUUAGAAGUCAUAGUCAUAUUUCUCAGUUGAUCCCUUAUCACUCCAACGAAAAGCGUUGCGAGGUUCAAUCCACCUCGGGCAUCAGGAUGUCUUGCGCCGUUAAUUUUUUGACCAUUGCCUUUCUUACAGUGCUGAUUGCUUUUGGCUUGGCUUUAGAAGACCGGGAUGGAAAGCCUAUGGAACUGCUGUUUCGCGGGUGGGCAGAUGCCCAAUCUCACACUCGGGACGAUAUCAGGCGCCCCGACUUGAUCAUCAGUCAUGUCCCCAUCAAUCAUCCGACCCCGGCUGUUCCAAUCGGAAACCACCCGGACUUGGUGCACAACACUCGUGACCUUCCACCGCUUCCGGGAAGCAUUCAACCCCAGAACGAAGGUCCGAUUACUGACUUGGUUGAACACGAUCAAAACUGGAACCUCCGUAGCGAAACCGCAUCAUGGCGUCGAGGAGAAAAAUCGGGGAAAACUACUGACUAUUUGACGGGGUACCAGGUGGCUAAUCCUGGUGCAUUCAACCCAAUUAGCUUCCCGAAAAUUCGCUGGCCGUUCGCCUUAGACGCGCUCCUCCCGGUUCCAACAUUCAAAAGAAGCCGAUUGAAUGACCCUUCAACCGUACAACCUGAUAUUCAAAAUGUGCCUAACUUACGUCAAAAAACAACGACACAAAUGCGUGGAAUGGAUCGAAAGAUGAAGUCAAUCACCACAAUACAAGAAACUCAAGACGGCGGCUUGUCCAGAAAAAAGCAAGUUUCAAGCAGCAGCACUUCUCGCAAGAAGGGCAAUCCUAAAAAGAAAACAGAUUCAUACCCAAUGAAAGACACCCUUACAAUUAUUUCUGAGCCCUCGCCAUCACAAGUAAAUCUCAAAAGCGUCGAAUUCAAAAGGCUUGAAUUUAGGGAGGAGGUCUUCAAAGAUGACUCCUUAUUGCCAGAUCAUCAAUUCAAAUUAGCAAGAAUUGAGGAACUAUUCAAGACCCUGAAGGCAUGCAAAAUCUAG